AUGGAGCUUGAAAUUCUUGGGAAGGAACUCGCUCCGAAGGGAUGCCAGUCCACUCCGAAACUGCCCAGGUGGUCCAAAACGGGCAGAAGGACAAGGGCGGUGCGGGCUCACCACGACGAAUUAGCGACUGAGAAUCUCCCACCAAAGAAGAGAAAGUUGGAAUCAAGUAGUGAAAGAAAUGGGAAAAUUUUGAGUUACAAGAUGUCCACAAAGCACCAUAGAUGCAACAUAUGCAAGAGGUCUUUUAGUAGCUACCAAGCAUUGGGUGGCCACAAGGCCCAUCACAACAAGGCGGUGGCGGCGGCUGGGGGCAGAGGAGACGAUGGAGUUCUGGAAGAAGCGGUGGCCGUGUGCGGCGGAGCAGUGCACCGGUGCAUGUUUUGCUACAAAGAGUUCUCAAAAGGGCAGGCUCUUGGUGGGCAUAGGCGGCAUUGCCAAGGCCCCAUUGUUAAUGAAAAUGAAGCUAAGGUGUUUAGUUUUGAUCUCAAUGAACUCCCACCUGAAUGA